AUGCUGCGACCUUCCUUCUCCGCAGGUGUCUGCCUUGUGUUGGCCAUGCUUGCAGCGGUGUGCGAGGCUUCGCCCGUGUUCUACUCGACAAAGCUCGGCCCUCGUCGCACCACACAUUUCGCUCAGUGCCAAGCACCCAAGAUCGGCAGCGGCAAUCCCCUUGCGGGCUGCCCCAGCGGCACGAUUUUUGUGAGCAAGACGCAUCCAGCAGCCAUGUUCAGGACCAUCAGUGCGGCUCUUAGUGCUCUUCCCGACAACGGUAACACAGGCACUGUGCUGAUCGACCAGGGGCAGUACCAUGAAAAGGUGGUGGUGACUCGUGUCAGUCCCACCGUUAUGCUGGGAGUGACGCCGGACAUCUCGAGUGCCGACUCGAAUCGGGUGCAGGUAUGGCAGUCGUCGUACGUCAACCAAAGCGAUGUGACGAGCGUGCUGCACAACUGCGACGCCACAGUGCUGGGUGUCGGCAACGGCGGUGCGAUCGGCAAUAGUAACUUCAAGGCGUACAACAUCGACUUUGCGCAGCGUCAGUUCUUCAACGGUCAAGAAGUCACCGAAUACCAGCUCGGACCUGCUGCAGCGUUGUGCGUGCAGAGUUCCAAUGCCUCCUUCUAUGGCUGCGGAUUUUCGAGCUACCAAGAUACGAUCUAUGUAGGCGCUGAUUCGCAGGCGUUUUUCUUCAAGUCGAUCGUCAAAGGCAUGACGGACCAGCUGUACGGGUCUGGCAAGGCGUGGUUUGAAAAGUGCAAGCUUCUCUCUCGCGCGUGCGGGGGUGGAAUCACUGCAUGGCGUGGCGAUCCCACCGAUCCUCUCGUCGGCGUCUACAUCAGCAAUUCGAUCAUCGCACAAUCACCCGACGCCUCCAAAGCCAAACCCAUGGUGGGGCGUUGCCAUCUCGGCAGACCUUGGAACGUCUACAGCCACGCCGUAUACCUCAACACAUUCAUGUCGGACAUCGUGGCAGACGCAGGAUUUAGGAUCUGGUCUCAAGCCACGCCCAAUUUCGCCCCCAAGCUCACCAGGUUUGCCGAACACGGCUCUUCGGGUCCAGGUGGAAAUGCUAGGGUGAGAGAUACAACGCUCGAGACGAUUCUGUCGGAUACGGCCGCUGCCAAGAUCACCAUCCACAAGGUCUUUGGUGGCUCGACACCUUGGAUCGACCUCGCGACCAUCAAGAACUCGUCGUCGGGCUAG